AUGAAGCGACACCUCUCAGAUGACGAGGAUAACCAUUCCCCACAGCUUGAUCCCCCAAAAAGUCGACAAAAGGUGACACUGCUGCAAAUCGUACAUGUGAACACAAUUCAGCGGGCCGCACUCGACUUCGACCACAGCCAUCAAUGCUCGGUGUCCCUCGCAACUGUCAAUAUUUACUGCUGUCUUGUGUGUGGUAAAUAUUUGCAAGGUUCCAGUCAUGGUUCGCCGGCUUUCAUCCAUGCCGUUGAGAAUGGCCACCACUUGUUUGUGGCACUCGACGACGUCACAUUUAAAAUUCUACCUGAGGGAGACACGCUUAGUGACGAAACCGCAAGGAGGGCAGUUGAUGAUAUUGCCAAAUCCCUCAACCCUCCCAUGCAAAUUGAUGGUAAAGAACUGAAGACUUUGAUUGCCAAUGUUCCUUACAUACCAGGGUUAGUUGGAUUGACGGGUGAUGCUUCUGCCUACAAUGUGAUUAUACAACUCCUAGCUCACAUACCCAAAAUCCGUGAUUAUUACCGUCAUCCAAGGGCUGGUAAAUUGGAAACUGAGUUUCGAUUUGUUAUUCGUCAAUUAUGGUCGCCUUACUUACUCCGAAAUCAUGUGUCUCCCCACCGUUUGAUACAAGCUGUUAAAAAGCCCACAAACAAUCCAAUAACUGCUUACACUAUCUUGGUCAAUCGGUUGGAUAAAGAGAACAAAGAUGAUAUCUGGCGAGAGACCCUUCGAGGGGAGGUGGACAGUGCUGACAAACCCAUUCCGUUCUGGUACUUGCUGAUUGACGUUCUGGCACCCCAAAUCGGGAGUGAUGAUUUGCUCGAGGUACAGUUUGACGAGCUCUUUAAAACAAAAUACGGUGAAAAGGGCAAAUAUUCCAUUAAAAAGUUGCCCCAUGAGCUUCUAAUUGUUUUGAACAGAAAACACGACUCUCAGACACGUGUCGUUGUAUCACUUCCUUCACAAAUCGUGAUCAAAGAUCAUAAAUACUGCUUGGUGUCUGUCAUCAGUCAAAAGGCACAAUCAUGGGUAUAUUCAGGUGAAACCCCAUCGGGUGACUGGUCUACAUUCGAUGGAGUCAAGGUUAGUCAAUGUCCCCGACAAGUUAUAUAUUUGGAAGACAACAGACUUUUGUUGUGGCGCCGAGUUUUAUCUCCCGAAGAUUAA